GCCCGCCGCCAGCCGCGCGCAGUCACACACUGUCUCAGUACGCGGUCCGCCGUCUGUUGUGGUGUUGUUGUUGUCCGGCCGCGCGUCCCCAAAAAAUAAAAACGACAACGACACAAAAAAAAAAACCCCCUUCGACCGUUUUUUUUGUGCGUUUUUCAUUGGAAUUUUUUUUUAACAGUGUUUUUAAUUAGACGGACAAAAACCAUAUAUAUAUAUAUAUAUAUAUUUCUCGUUAAAACGUCUUCUCGCGAGUGUGUGUGUGUGUGUGUGUGUUGCGUGUCUUCGAAGACAUUAAAAAUACAAAUCCGUCUUGAACGCAUUCAAAUAUAAUAUUAAUUAGGUAUAAUAUUCGAAUCGAGUGUUUGUAGUGCGUUUAUAUUAAUAUUACUCAUGUGACAUUUUGCUACACAAAAAAAAAAAAAAAACCGACGUUAUUAAAAUAUUAUAUUCAUAUUAAAUACAAGUUUUCUAAUAUCGCGUUGACCGGUCGUGUGACAAAAGAAAAAAAUCCGUCGUUUUUUUUUUUAACAUACCUAUGUAUUGUUCUAAUAAUAUUAUAUAGGAGUUAUUGAUUUAUAUACAUUGCGAGUGAGUGAUCCAAUUUGAUGGUUAUACACGGAGCCGCCGCGGGAAUCUCUCCAGCCGACAUUCAUCGGACCACCGAAUCGAUAUUCAACACUGGUAAUGGCAGAGUGAUCGGCGCACCUCUACGCAUGCGCCGUCCAGAAGACCAAUCGCCGAGCGCUGCCAGUGCCGGACUCAUGAUGGAGGUGUGGGCUUCUGUAGCGUCGUGGUUUCUGCGGCCGGAGAUGGCCGGAGCCAGCGUGCCGCCGAUAGUUCCACAACCGCCGCCAAUGCCCAUCCGGCCUUCCCGGACGUCUUCGGACCCUCCGCAAAUGGCUAUGCCGCCCACCAUUUGUACCGCCAUCAGAUGCACUGUACCGGGCUGCGUGUGCGAUUGUUUCACACCGGGCAAACUACACAUUCGGUUUUGCGACGCGUGCGGUCACGGAUGGGUCCCACACGCCCUGGACAAAUUGGGAUUCGGCGGAGCGUCACUGGGAAACGGCGCGGUCGAGCCCAUCCAACCCAACGUGGCGUUCGACAUUGCCAGUCUGGUGUUGUACGGUUGCCAAGCACUGCCCAUAAGGCUCAAGAUAUUGCUGGACCGUCUUUUCAGCGUGCUCCGACAAGACGAAGUGUCGGCCGUGCUCCGGGGAUUCGGCUGGACCCACGAAGACUACGCCAGAGGAUACAUACUCCAGGAGCCUCACGGCGGCGGCAUUCUAGAACGAUGGAACAUCUGUAGUCCGGAAGAGGAGCCGCUCGUUCUGCAACAAUUUUUGCGGUUCGGCGAGACCAGAGCGGUGACUCAGCAACUGCUUUUGCACGGUCUGGGUGCCGAUUUCCGGGCGCUGCCUGGCUUGGAGACCGACAUGAAGAGGUUGAUGGAACGCCAAAAGCUGCAGCACAAUCACGACCAGAAGCCGCCCAGUUUCGAACCGAAGUUCCGGCCCAGGUCACCGUCGGCGCUGUUGCCGCCACAACGUCUGCCGUCCGCCCUGGGCAGUUCGCCUCCGUCGCCGCCAAAAUCCACUUUCGGAUUCGCCAAGCCGCCGGGCGCCGUCCUCCCCGUCCCUCCAGUAGUCAUCAACACCAACGGCGGCGGCUCUCCGCCGAACACCAGCCCCACCAGCGUGUCGCCGCUGAACAAGUUGCAGAACAUGCAACCGUUCGAUUUCCGGAAAAUGCAGUCGGCCGGAUUCGCGGCCGGCGGCAAAUCCGAGAGGAGAAACUCGGACCUGUUGCCGCCACCACCGAGACCCAACCAAAACGAUUACAACAACAGCGGCAAGUACGCCGCCCAGUCGGACAGUCUGGCCGGAAGCAGCGAGUUCGGGUCCGAAGACGGCGACGAAGAGGAAGAGAACUCUCAGAGCGCGUUGAACCUGAGCAAGGACAACAGCAACAAAUCGACGAGGCCGCACAGGGGCCACUUGCGCAAGACGUCGUUGCCGCUGAAACGGCAGUGGGGUUCCAGCGGUCUGCCGUUGAACCUGGGCACUCAGCUCAUCAACCCGGCCACCGGCAAAAAGCGAGUGCAGUGCAACGUGUGUCUCAAGACUUUCUGCGACAAAGGCGCGCUCAAGAUACACUUCUCGGCCGUGCACUUGCGCGAAAUGCAUAAGUGCACCGUCGAUGGCUGCAACAUGAUGUUCAGCUCGAGACGGUCCAGGAACCGGCACAGCGCCAACCCUAACCCGAAACUGCAUUCGCCUCACUUGCGCCGCAAGAUAUCACCGCACGACGGCCGCAGCUCGCAGGCCCACCAUCCCAUAGUCAUUUCACCGUUGCAGGCGUCCGCCAUGAACCAGCUGGCGUUCGGCGCGUUCCCCAUGCUGGCCGGCGGUGGUGCCGAUUUGCGCGCCGCCGGUUCCAAACAGAGUUCGUCGUCCGGACUGCACUUGGCCGACGAGCUGCGCAGAUCGGCCGACUUCUCGUCGGACAACAUGGACGAGUACAUGGACGACGAGGAGGACGGCAUAGUGGUGGACGGCACGACGGUAGACGACGAUGACGACUCGGAGCACCGGAGCGACCGGAGCAAGAGAAUGUCGGAAGAUUCUGAAGACGACGGGGCCAGCACGACCGAGCCGCCGAACAACAACAACGACAGGCCGCCGAUAGUGACGAAAAACGUGCACAAACGCAAGAGCCAAAAUCCGACGAGGUUCGCCGCGGCCGCCGAUCUCAGCGACGAGGGCAUGUCGUGCACGGACGACGGUUCGGCCCCGUCGCCCAAGGACAAUAACAACGAAGAGGACGUCAAGCCGGUGGUGGCCGAAGGUGAGUGUCUGAACCUGAGCAGGAAACGGUCGGCCAGCCCGGCAGACGGCCGUUUGCGUUCGGCCGACUCGCGGGACUCGCUCUUGUCGGACGCUGACAACGACGAGGACGACGACGGCGAAGACGACGAGUGCGGUUCAGACAGCGACGGCCACGUAUACGGCGUGUUCGAAAACGGCCGUUUUGUCGAGACCGAAGAAGUGCCCGUUGACAAGGACGACCCGCGCAAGUGCACGGCCUGCGGCAAAACGUUCCCUAACCAUUUCGGCGUCAAGACCCAUUACCAGAACGUACACCUGAAGCUCAUGCACAAAUGCGUAGUGGACGGAUGUAACGCGGCGUUCCCGUCCAAGCGGAGCCGGGACCGGCACAGUUCGAACCUGAACCUGCACCGAAAGCUAUUAUCCACGUCGCCGACGGCGGCCGACCAACAACAGCCACAGCCACAGCUCCAACUACAACAGCAACAACAACUCGGCCACCAGCCGCCGGCGACGACCGCGGCGGCUGUGGCGGCCGCCGCGGCCGACAACCCGUACGGCAUGCACGCCGAAUUCUUGGCCCGGCUGUACGCGGACACGCAACAGUUCCAAGCGUUCUCCAACGGCGGCAUGAUGUUGCCGCAGUUCGGCCCGUUCCGGCACCAGGCCGGCGCACCGGCCAUGACCAACGGCUGGCUGGUGUACUCGGCCGACGAAGACCUGCCGGCCGCGCCCGACAAGGACAGCGGCAUGUACUCGUGCCGGUUCUGCAGCAAAGCGUUCCCCGACAAGAACGGCAUGCGCGAACACUACGAACAGCUGCACAUGCACGAGAUGCACCGGUGCAAAGUGCAAGGGUGCGGCAUGGUGUUCAGCUCGAGGACACGGAGGAACGCGCACGCCGAAAAUCACCCGCCCGUCACCGCGUCGUGACCUCGACAGUUGCCCGUGCCGCCCCCGUGGUGGUGGUAAAGCGACGAUAAUACACCAACAACAACAAGCCUAAACUACAGACCGCGGUGUGAUUUAUAUUAAAUCUUUUUAAGUAUAAAAAAUACAAAUUCACAGAAAGAGAAAGAAAUAAAAACAUUUGGCCCUUAUAUGAAAUAAAAUAUACAAAUUUGGUGCUUGAAAAUAAAAACAAACUAUCUAUAUAUAAACAUACAAAACUUGACUUAUACAUGAGUUAUGUCGUUUUAACGCGAUAACGAGAUCGAGUUGCUUAAAUACCUAAUCUCGAAUAAAAAGAAAAAACGAUAUUAUAAUCGUAAAAAAAAAAAAAUGAUGCAUAUUAUAUUAUUACAUAUACAUAUGUGUGUAUAAUUAUAUAAAAAUAUCUAAUCAGAUUUUUGAAAUUUUUCCGAAUCGAAUACGUAUACGACAUGAAUGUGAUUCAUUUUUUAUUUAUUUAAAUACAAUUUUUUUGUUAAUAUAUUAUUAUUAUUAUUAUUAUUGUGGCUGUACUUAAAUUACAAUAUGUUUAAAAAAAACAAAAAAAAAACACAAAAAGUGGUAUCUUAUAGUGUGACGUUUAGAGCCUAUAAUAGUUUUAAAAAAAUACAUUAUUAUUUGUACAUUUUAUUGCAUUAAAUUAUAUAGGUUGUGUUUUUAUUAUUAUUAUUGUAUACAUUAUGAUAAUUAUUAUAUAAAUAAUUUUUUUUUUUAGCGAAAUCUCUUGUAAAUAACGGUUAGACUUAUUACUACAUACAUAUUGUACCUAAUACGUUUUAUUGGACAUUAUUACUAUAUUAUUAUUAUUAUUAUUAUUAUUAUUGUAUCGCAAUACAUAUAUAGUGAGUUUUAAAAAUAGGUACAUAACAAUACAAUUUAUGUAUUAACGGUUCGUUUUUACGUGUACUCGUGGGUGUAGAUAAAAUAACAUAUUAUGAUAAUAAUAUAAACGAUAUGAUUUAUAAAGUAGCGCCCGAGGGCUGACUCAAUCAAAAGAAAUCAACUUUGAUCUAUAAUAAAUUUGAAAAUAUUUACUAGUCCUUAUCUUAUAGUGUGUAUUUUGUAGAACGACAAUUUUCGCGCAUCGUUGUAUAAUAAUACUGUUAACGAUAUUAAAAUAUAAAAACAUUAUUAUUAUUAUUAUCAUCAUCAUAUUAUAUAUUAUAUAAAUAUAUAUGUGUGUACGCAUAUAUUAUUGUGUAUAUUGUAUUGAUUUAAUAUAAGCGACUA